UUCCUCUGGCGGGAGAAGUCACGGUCAGUAUUCAUACUCAACUGCCUGUUAACGUAUCUACUUGUGAAAGACCUUCUCCACGAGAUCUCAAACAAUAAGCGAUACCUCGGAGCAUCAAAUCAUCUCCUUGUGUAUUAUAGAAGAACUAACUAAUGUUCUCUCAGUUCCAAGUGUGAUUAGUAAUCGCGAUUGGCGCAGUUUCAACGACUCGACUAGUCAUUACGCACGCCAGAGAUUACGUAAGGUGCCAGACGUUAUCGGAUAUAUUGACACGGAAUCACGUCAAACUCUUACUAAAUCAAUAUGAAGGUGUUGCUAUCGGUUUUCCUGGCGAUUUUGGCCCUCGACCAAAUUGCUAACGGUUACCGAAUUCUCGGUGUGUUCCCGUUACACGGCAAGAGUCACUGGAUCGUGCAUGAGGCGCUGAUGAAAGAGUUGGCGAGACGCGGUCAUCAGGUGGAUGUGAUCACGCAUUUCCCGCUGGAGAAGCCGAUACCCAAUUACAGGGAUAUCAGUCUGAAGGGCAGCAUGCCACAAGUUCAUAACAAUAUGUCCGCGUCGGAUUUACAAGGUCUCGCUACUCCGUCUAUAGCUAUGUUGGUUGGAAUGGCCGGAGAUAGCAUUUGCAAUCUAUUAAAUCAUCCAAAGAUGCAAGAACUGAUCAAGAACCCGCCGCAAGAUCCCCCCUAUGACCUCGUCAUUCAAGAGCUGUUCGCGGCACCGUGCUACUUAGCCUUCGGCCGUUAUCUCAAAGUCCCCACGGUCGCCACGGUGGCCAGCGUUUUUCACGACUGGCUCAACGAGGUGUCCGGCAACCCGAUGAAUCCCGCCUACAUCCCGAGCAUGUUCUCGUCGUACGGCCAACGUAUGAACUUCAAGGAGCGCCUGACGAAUUUUCUAUUAAUGCACUAUCUCUCCUGGCAAAUGCACUAUUACACGAAUAGACAAUUGACAGUUGUAAAGGAGCACUUCGGCAUAGACGUGCCGCACAUCAAGGACCUAUAUAAAGAAAUUGCCGUGUACCUGGUCAAUUCUCAUCACUCGUUAAACGCAAUCAGACCGAUGACCACUAACGUGAUCGAGGUCGGCGGUCUGCAUCUCACGGCCGACGAAGAUCCGCUGUCACCGGAAGUGCAAAAAUGGUUGGACGAAAGCAAGGAUGGUUGUAUCUAUUUUACAUUGGGUUCCAUGGUGAGAAUCGAAACUUUUCCUAAAGAACUAAUUCAACAGUUUUACCGAGCUUUCGAAAAGAUCGCACCCGUUCGCGUACUGAUGAAGGUCGCGAAAAAAGAGGAUUUGUUGCCAGGAUUACCGAAGAACGUCAUGACGCAAUCGUGGUUCCCACAGAUCCCCGUUCUCAAACACAAAAACAUCCGAGCUUUCAUUACGCACGGCGGCAACGGUGGGACACUAGAGGCUCUCCAUUGCGGAGUUCCUAUGAUUGGAAUUCCCCUGUUUGGCGAUCAACGCAUCAACAUUCAAAAUUACGUCAACAAGAAAGCGGCUAUUUCGCUUAACUCAAUAGACGAAAUUACUGAAGAGAAAUUAACUUCGGCAUUAAAUAAUAUCCUGAAGGAUUCCACCUAUCGUGAGAAUAUAAGGAAGAUGUCGAAGAUGUAUGUCGAUCGACCGAUCAGUCCAAUGAACAUGUCCGUAUUUUGGAUAGAGUACGUCGCGAAAUACGGAAACGUGCUUCAAUCGCCGGCGCUCAAUCUCUAUUGGUGGCAACAGUGUUUGCUAGACGUUUACGCCUUUAUACUCGCCGUAAUUAUCACGGUGCUUUACAUCGCGCUGUUUAUCCUCCGAAAAUUAAAAAACCUUUUGUUCGGAUCGCGCGCAAAGAAGGACAGUGCAGCAAUGAAAUCGAAAAAGAACAAGUGAAAAGUACAAAUAAUAUUUCCCUGUGUAUUAGCAAAUUCGACAUUCUCGAGAUUAUUAUCUUCCCUUUGAUACGUAUGAAAAAGGAAUUUCGAUACGAUUCUCGGGAACAACAUUCUUACUUAGUGCUGUACAUAGUGUUUUUAAUAAAAUAUGUAUUUUAAUUAAU